AGUUGCCAGUGAGAGGGAGGAGGGGAGGAGGGCUCUCCUCAUCCCCGCCGGAGGAACCCUCUGGCCCGAAUCCGGCUUCAGGCUCCACCGUGGCAGAAGAGCAGACGGCAGGGGCGACGGCGUCCUGGAGACCAAAGAGAGAUGGAAGCGGAGGCGCCGGCGUCGUCCCGGUUGGUGGAGGAAGAACUCGAUAUGGAAGUAAUGAAGCCUUUGAUAGAUGAACAAAAUUUAGAUGGUACAUCUGAUGAGGAGCAUGAACAUGAGCUAUUGCCUGUUCAGAAACAUUACCAAAUUGAUGGCCAAGAUGGCAUUUCAUUUAUACAAACCCUUAUGCACCUACUUAAAGGAAAUAUUGGAACUGGCCUUCUAGGACUCCCACUAGCAAUAAAAAAUGCUGGCAUUGUGCUGGGACCAAUCAGUCUUGUGUUUAUAGGAAUUAUAUCUGUUCACUGUAUGCACAUGUUGGUACGUUGCAGUCACUUUCUCUGUCAGAGGUUUAAAAAAUCUUCAUUAGGUUAUAGUGACACUGUUUGUUUUGCUAUGGAAGUAAGUCCUUGGAAUUGCAUCCAAAAAAAAUCUUCUUUAGGAGGGAAUAUUGUGGACAUUUUUCUGGUGAUAACACAGCUGGGAUUCUGUAGUGCUUACAUUGUCUUCUUAGCUGAGAAUGUGAAGCAAAUUCAUGAAGGAAUUUCAGAGAAGGUGUUCUCUCUGAAUGGUACUGAUGAAGCAACUCUAUAUGAGAGAAGAAGUGUUGACCUAAGGAUGUAUAUGCUUUGCUUUCUCCCAUUUAUAUUUCUUUUGGUCCUUGUUCGUGAACUAAAGAGCUUGUCCGUGCUUUCACUCCUUGCCAAUCUUUCCAUGGCCGUCAGUCUUAUAAUAAUCUACCAAUACGUUAUUAGAGAUAUACCAGAUCCCCGAAGUCUUCCAGCUGUGGCUGGUUGGAAGAAAUAUCCACUCUUUUUUGGUACAGCUGUAUUUGCUUUUGAAGGCAUUGGAGUGGUACUCCCAUUGGAAAAUCAAAUGAAAGAAACAAAACGCUUCCCAGAAGCAUUGAACAUUGGCAUGGGGAUUGUUACUACUCUGUAUAUAACAUUAGCCACCCUUGGAUAUAUGCGCUUUCAAGAUGAAAUCAAAGGCAGCAUAACUUUAAAUCUUCCUCAAGAUGAAUGGUUGUAUCAAUCAGUGAAAAUUCUGUAUUCCUUUGGGAUUUUUGUGACUUACUCAAUUCAGUUCUACGUUCCAGCAGAAAUCAUCAUUCCAGGAAUCACAUCCAAAUUUCAAAAUAAGUCAAAAUUAAUCUGUGAACUCAUUAUUAGGACUUUCUUAGUUUUUAUUACCUGUCUCGUAGCAAUCCUGAUUCCUCGUUUGGAUAUAGUGAUUUCCCUCGUUGGAGCUGUGAGCAGUAGUACAUUGGCACUAAUUCUGCCACCUUUAGUUGAAAUUCUUAUAUUUUACAAGGAAAGUUUCAGCCUGUGGAUGAUUCUCAAAGAUAUCUUGAUAUUAUUCAUUGGAAUUGCUGGUUUCUUAAUAGGCACUUAUGUGUCUAUUGAAGAAAUUAUUUAUCCUGCUACCACACUAUUGCCUAAUGCUACACAAGGUCCAGCUGUAAGUCUAAAUUCAACCUAUGUGGCAUCUGGUUUCAAGUAGUGUGAUAGGAUUGCAUACCUUCUACUCUUUAUUUAACUGUGAAAAUGUAGUAUAAGAUGAAAAGUAGGAGAACAUAUUUUUAAAACUUUUUUUAUGUUUUUUCAAUAUUAUACUUAAUGUAAUAAGUUGCCAUUCUUUAUUAGUAACAUUAUAUUAAAAUUAUUUACCGUGGUGAAAACAUACCAUUCAGUCUCAACAGUUUCAAAGAAAAUCAAAAGAUCUAGAAGUUACUGUACCUUUUUUCCUUCUUUUGUUAUACCCUACCUCAUCCAGAAGCCUUUCAAGCCAGACUUUUUUUUUUUCUAUUUAGGAGAUAGGCCAUUCCAUGCUUGGCUGUUAUCCUGUCUCUGGGAAUAAUAAGACUUUAAUAAUAAAUAUCUUAAAAGUUAACCUAGAAGAAAAAAUAUCUUCCCCCAAACUUCAGGGUGGAUAUUAGCACAUACAUUGUAAAGAAUGUAAAAGAUUAUGAUUUUAUUUUUAUUAUUUAUAUACUAUUAAUCAGCUAAAAAACACAGUGAACUCCAAUUUGUCCAAAAUUCAAGCAGUCAAAAAGCAUAUUUAUAUACAUAUAAAAUUCCUGCUAUAGUUCUUUAUAAUUAUUAUUCAUAAUAAUAAUAAUGACUUCCCAAUAAAAUCCUGAAAUGCCUUCUGAAUUAUCAAAGUUAUCAUUAAUCAGUAGUAAUAAUAUAAGUGGAUCAUUGGAGUAAGAAUUAUAUUUAUUUUAGUCUAUUUUUAAGAUUCUUAUUUAACCUGAAUAUUAAUUUAAUAACAACAUUCCCAUAUCCAACUAUUUCCAAUAGGAGAUUCCUGUACCUUCAGAUGAAAACUAUCUUCUUUCCUGUGUGUGUAGGAAGGCAAUAAUGUGUGUCCGCUCUCUUCUCUGAAACAGAAAUGAGCACAUGUAGCUCUAUCCACUUCUUGAAUUAUUUUCUUCUAAGCAUAACUUGGCCUUUGCUGGAGAGAAUUUCAAGGCAGUCUGAAAGGCCUAAAUUUUGGCAACUCAGAGAAUGAUUAAGGGGAAAAAUCCAGUCCAUAACUCUUCAUUUGCUGCAUCCCUUAGACGGUAUGAUUGCUGGGUAACACAGUCAUUCCAGUUACACUCUGCCAGCUUCUGUGGUCAUUGUCCCUCUCUGGAGUCUGCCGUUGCUUCUUCAGGGCUUCUGUACCUAGGGACUUCUGUCUUCUUCCUUUGCUCCUCUUGGAGAGUGCUAGAACAAUUUGCAGCAUUUAAGGCUGGCCCUUCCUUACUCAUGCAUCUGCCUCAUCUUGUAGCAGCUGAUAGGACUUCCAGUGUCCCUGGACUUUUUCCAAACUCUCUACCUGGCUGGAUCCCAUGCUUUCAUUUACUGGAAUAUGAAGAACAAAGCAAUCACACAAGGAUGUAUUCUUGCUAAAGUAGUCAUUUAUAGGAAAAAAAGAAUCAAAUCAAGUAUUUUCUGAAACUUAGGAGAUAAAGAAAAAGAAAUGCUUUCCCCUACUUGAUAACUUGUAAGCCUUGUUUAUGAAAGACAUUUAAAAACAUCAAUUUACAUAGAAGAUGAAAAUUGAAGGAUAGAAUAUGAUUACAGAGCAUGAAAAAGAUGAUGAUCUUCUUGGUUUGUGUGGUUCAUGCUUUAAAAGGUUUUAUGCUUUUUGUCACAGAAGCAAAUACUCUGUGAUGGAAUAGCGGUAUUUAAGGAGCUAUCAAAAUCACAAUAAUGGUGCAUUUACUUCAUCUUGAUUUAUUUUUUAUAAGUUUGACAUGGCUUAGGGACUGUUUACUCAUAUUAGUGUCUUGGCAAGUACCACACUACACACAUCAGAUUCUUAUUUUGAUAGCUAUUCAUGAGAUACUGUAUUUAUAAUUGUAUUAUGAUCAUCAAAUAAUAGUUUGUUGUGCUUAUAUUUUAUAUUGAGGGCACUACAUUGAAACUUAAAUCAUUUUAAAAUGAGAGCUUAAAGGCUAAAAUAAAACAAACUUUAACGUAAAGUAGGUUCUGUUAUUGUUAUGAAAAAGCUAAUUUUUAUAAAUAUUACUAUAGGUAACUAGAAAACCACUACUUUUCAUCCAUUUUAAAUGUAAGUUAACGUUAGGUAUUUACUAUUUGCUUUCUGAAAAUAGAUAAUUCUAACACAGUUCGGCUCUUUUAAUUAUUAAGCAUUUAUCCCAUUCCUUGGGUAUUUUUCUGAUCAAGAAACAAAACUUCCAGCAAUAAGUUAUUUUCUAAUUCAGCACAUACAAAAAUUAUACACAGUUUCAUCAGGCACCCAUAGAUGAAGAGUUUUUGUUGAUUAAAUAUUCCAUUAUGAAGUCCUCUAAAUUACCCAGUGUUUUAAAUGUAAAAAGCAAACAAAUAGGGAGUCUAAAGAGUAAGAAGGUUAUCAAGAAAUAUCUUUGUCCAAUGAAGAUAUAAAAUAGCAGUGCAUUAUUUAUUGAAGGUAGGCGAUGAGAAAGACAGUGUUAUAGGCAGUAGAGAGCCAGUCUCACAGUCAGGAAGACCUGAAUUCAAGUCCUACUUUUGACACUCAUUACCUGACUCUAGGCAACUCAGUCAGACUCUUUAAGUUGCUGGUGAGCACUGGUAAAUGCAGUUUCCUCCUUUAGGAUUCCCUACACUAUACCUAUGAACUCACUACACCAAUGAACUCACAGGUCUAGGGAAAAGAAAAGGUGGGAGUAGGCAGACAUGUUUGUAACAAAGGUGUAUUCUUUACAAUGGAAUUUAUUGGAUGGUGAUGUUAGUUUUUUCUGUGAAAAUUUCAGUUUGGAUGAUUGACAAAGACUUUCUAGAUAAAUUUUUUCUGUGAAGAUUUCUCUUGUUUGUUGGUAUUCACUGCUGCUUUUACAGGUGCUGUGAGAGUAUGAAUGAAUACAUGUGCCAAAUCCAUUUGUAUCCAUUGUCUCCUGUAUAUCACCCCUUGGAUUAAAGUUGUUUUGGCCUUUCAUGUA